GACAUGAUGCCUGUGCUCAGAGGUUCCAGUUGCCCAUAAGUCUUUUUUUUUCACUUUCUCUACCGAAUAGUACAACCAGCCACAAUGGCACCACAGAUACCGGGAUCGCUGGCUGCCAUCCUGCAAACCUCGAUCGUCCUCUCCGAACGUUUUGCAUCUUCGCUUGCGCCGAAUGCUCCUGUCCAACUGCCUUCUACGAAUCAAGACUCACCCUCUCCUCUAAUUCUGCUGAAUGCUGCGGCCGCAUCAUUAAGAUCUCAAGUGACCAAGUUGUCCUUAUUGGCCAUUACAGCCCCAUUUACUCCCUCCGCGAUCACGACAUGCCUCAACCCUCUCAACGAAUCCAUCCUAACCUCUCUUGUCACCGCGGCUCUGUUGACAACGCCAGAGUUGUUCACCACCUCUUUCUCUACCGAAUGCCGCUCGCUUACGGCUGCUGCCUUACGUGACUUACAAGUACUGCUACGACUAGUCGAAACGCGGAGUCGAGACAAAAGGCCAAGAGCAGAGGUAUCUGAGACACAAAAGAAGGCAUUCACCGAGGCCACUGGACGUGUGUGGGACGAUUGUGACAAGCUCGCGCCGUUGGCGAAAGAAGGCGUGCCAGGCUACGUUGUCAGAAAGUCAAAGCAAUGGCUCGACUUGAUGAAGGACGCUGUCAAAGAAUUCGAAGAGUGGGAUCCCGAGGAGAACGUGGAUGAAGACGACCCGUUUGGCGAGAGACUCAGCGAUGAUGAUGGUAAUGAUGAGUCAGACGAGGCGGAUGACAGCGACCGAGCCGCCAUUUCUGCCGGUGUGAAGGAGCAAGCGCUCAAAGUCCUCAACCGCAUUCCACAGAGCAUCCACGUCGUCAUCAAGCAGAGGCUAGAGAAGAUUGAUGUGACUAAACCAGCAUCGUCGACAGAUAUGACUCAAUUGGACAUGAUACUCAGACAGAACCGUCACAUCUCCGAACUGAUUGACGAAUCUGCCGAAGGCAUGUACCUGGGUGAUCUUGAGCUCUGCUUGAAAAAGGCAGGCGAAGCUCGUGCUCUAACAAUAGAGGUCGUCGAGUCGGUCAUUCAGCCAUUCUCGAAGGUCGACUCAGCUGACGUGGCGGAGUCUAAAGAGGACAAAUAUGUUAAGAGAGCGCUUGAAUGGAUUCAGCAAGUGGACACAGGCCGACAUCCAAAGGCAACUACACCUGGCUGAAGUAUCUUCAAUUUUCAGUGCUUGUGCGCAUUAUGUACAGAGAUUGAGUCGUCACGCCGAGCUCACCCGGUCUGUGACCCAUGUUACUUUCUCAAUGCGAAGAGCCCUCUGAACCCAGAUUAUUGUCCACCAUGUCCACACAGCAGCCCAUACUGAAGGCACACUCCAUCCGAUGCCGUAAGCAACAUCGUCACUGACGACCCAUAUCACUGCUAUCAAGGCUGCGCCGAUGAUUGUAGCAGAAAUGGACCACGA